GGGUCUCCUGAGGUCAGCCUGCUCUUGACUUUGAGUCCAGGCACCUGAUGUCCGCGGGCCUCAAUUCUUUCAUUUUACAAACGAGGGAACUGGAUGAACGUUUUAUCUCUACGUUCCGCCCACUGUGACCCGGGACAAACGCUGUGUGACCCUGGGUGAAUUCAGAGAACCGCCCCGUGGUCUCCUCUGUGCUUGAACCACCUGCCUCAGAUAUACAAGUGAGGGAGUAUUCCUGCUGCUCCUUAUAAUACUGGGGAGAUUAGAAGGGACCGGAGACUGAGCCGUCCAAGUGCAGAGUUCGUGAUAAAACUGAAAAUCAGUUUAGAUAUGGCCCAGUGAGGCUUGAUUAAUCUUUGUAUCUGGAAUGACCCCCGGAAUCCUGGAGACCUGAUGCCCAAGAAUUGGAACUGAUCUUAAGAAACUGACGAUUCAGACCUGUUGAUCCAGAGAGAGGGGUCAUCUUCAAUUCAGAAAUGUCUCCUAUCCCAAUUCUGGAAGACGCUCAGGUUUGAGACAAGGAAACUGCAGGGAAACAAGGGUCCUAUAAGCAUCUCGUAAGUUAGUGCCUGCUUUACCUGCCAUCGGCCUUUCUUUGAAGACCUCUUGGACACCACCACCAGAAGGUUCUUUUACCUCAAGGAUCAUCAAGGAGAUGGUGACCUUUGAGGGUGUGACUGUGUAUCUUACACAGAAGGAAUGGGGGAGUCUGAAACCAGCUCAAAGGGACCUCUGUAAGGAUGUGAUGAUAGAGAACUAUGGGAACCUUGUCUUCCUGGGAUUUCUACUCCCCAAACCUGAUGAAGUGGAAGAGCCAUGGGUCCAGGAUAUGCAGGGACCUGAGGAAAGAGAGAGUUCAAGAGAUGCUUAUCGAGGUCCUAAAAAUAGAUCUGAUGAUGAGAAUUUAACUCCAAGCCAGGAAGUUUCUGAAAAUGUAAAAUUACAUGGAAAGGUAUCAGAAAAUUUCCCAAAAGAUGUUUCCCAUGUCCCAAGUUUAGAAAUCUUUGACCAUGAAGGCAAUAUAGAGAUGAGAAAUACCAGAGAACAAAAUCAAUCUAUCUUGCAGCAGGGAAGUUCUCAACAAGUAGAAGGCUUCCAAGAGAAAAUAAGUAGAAGAAAGGCAGUAAAUGUCAAGAAUUUGACAGAAACUUCCUUGGGAAGUCUAGCUUCAUUAUGUAUCAGAGGGUUCUUAUAAGAGAAAGAGGCCAUCAUUGUGACAUAUGUAGCCAUAGUUUUUCCCCAUCAUUCAGCCCUUAUUCAACAUCAGAGAAUUCAUAUUAGAGGGAAGCCUUAUGAAUGUAA